GCUUGGACUCGAUACUGAGGGCCUUACUAUAUGGUCAAUUCACCGAAACACUAACUGGCUUACCAAUAAUACGUGCAUACCCGACUAUAAUUAGUACAAACGAACAAUAUCUUGAUAACGAGAAUCGUGCAUACUUUCUAUACAUCGCGGUCAGCAGGUGGUUAGGGGUGCGACUAGAAUCAAUAGCGAAUGUUCUCAUAUAUAUCGCUUGCCUAUUGGCUGUUCUUGAAAGAUUCCAGGUUGAUCCAUCUAUAGUGGGGGUGAUUCUAAGCUACAGCAUGAUUAUCACGGCGGAUUUUAGCUGGUGCAUCAAACAAUUUGCUGAUGUGGAGGCAACAAUGAACUCGGUAGAACGUUUAUUAUAUUGCAUAGAUAAUGUUGAAGGUGAAGCAGACUUGAUAAUUCCGGAACACCGCCCACCUCCUGAGUGGCCUAGCAAGGGAGAAAUCGUGAUUAAAGACUUGGAAAUUAGAUAUGGACCCGAAAAUCCACCCGUCAUAAAAGGGAUUUCUCUAACUAUUAAGGGAUCAGAAAAGAUUGGUAUUGUUGGAAGAACAGGGUGCGGAAAAUCGACAUUUGUAUCAUCAUUCUUUAGAAUUAAUGAGCCCUCGUCCGGAAAAAUUAUUAUUGAUGGUAUUGACAUCUCGUCCAUAGGUCUAAAAGAUUUGAGAAGUAAAAUUACCAUAAUACCUCAAGACCCUGUACUGUUCAAUGGAACCAUAAG